AUGGUCGAUGUCAACGUCCUGCGAAGAUUGGACAUUUCUGAUAAUAAUAUUUGGAAUUGCGAUCAUCUCGCGACGCUUAUUGCUCUUCAGUGGCUUGAUGCUUCUAACAAUAAUAUUGAAGUAAAGAUAUGUGAAAAAAAAAUUCCUUCCUUGGAGCGAAUUAUCAAUCUUGUUUAUCUUGAUCUUUCGAACAACCAAUUCUGUGCUAUACCAAACUUACAGAGAUUAACGAAUUUACAAGAAAUAAAGCUAAAUGGCAAUAAAAUAUGCUCAUUAAAGGAAAUUUCAAGACUUUUACCGUCGACUCUCACUGCUUUCGAUAUUGGAUCCAAUGUAAUUUGUGAUCUUAAUGAGGCUCUGUAUCUUGCUCAUUUUUCAUCAUUGAAUGCUCUUAUUUGGGCUGGAAAUCCAUGUGUUGCUGCUGAGGGUCGAACUUUUACAUAUCGCCCCUAUUUGUACUCUUGCUGUCUGGAAGGUCUUAAAGUGUUAGAUGGAUCAGAAUUGUCUGAUAUUGAAAUCAUAGCAGGAGAACAAUUGCAUACUGAAGGAAAGGCUCGGCUUAUGAAAACACAUGCGCAACUGUGCUAUUAUCUUGAGAAAAAGUGCCCUUCUGAUAUUGGCAUAAAUGACGAUUCACUGAAUAAUGAUCGUAUUUCGAAGGUCUUAAAAAAACGUCGAGAAUACCUUUCCAAAUCGAUUAAUGAUUCAGUUAGCGAAUCUUCAGCACCAUCACCUUUCAAACAAUGGUUAUCUAAGACAAAUAUUGCUAUACCUGACGAUACUGAAACGGAGUCAUUGGAACAUAAAGAAAAUCUUGCUCCAGAAGUUGAUCUGGACAAUUUAUCAACUAAUACUAAAAGGUUAUAA